UUUUUUUCAGUUGAGAGCUGGACCGAGCGUGUGAGGUCGCUGUCGCGUAGCGCGGCCACUCGAUCUCGCCGAACAGUGCGCGUGCACUUUUAAGAUUUUAUGCAGGAUUAAUCCAGUAGGAUUAAUGUUAGCUAACUAACCUGCAUCUCCACGUCAGUAUAGAUAUUUGGGAAGGGAUACUCGGAGUCGGAGUGGGAUACGAUCCAGGCAUUGAACUUGCAUAGGUUGAAUCCAUCUCCAACUCCUUUCCUGAUUCUAUCGCCUAGAUAACCUACCUCAGCCGCACGGGCGCACGCCGUCUAAGGUAUCGUUCACCGCAGCCGUCGCCCGUCCCCACCGCCGCGACCGCCGGCCAUCGCCAUGGACUACGAUGACAUGUUAGAUUGGAUCAUAUGGGUGCUUUUGUUGAUCUUCGCCGUCAUCGCUGCGCUCAGCGCCGCCGUGGCGCUCGCCGUGGCGAUCGCCGAGGUGGUCCGUCACGUGCGGCAGCACUGCAAGUGGCUGUCCAUCGAGCGGCUGCUGGAGAGCAUACCCGACGUCGCAUACAAGCAGAUGCCCGAUCGAGACGGCGGCUCUCCGUCGGAGGAGGAGGGGAAGGAGUUGCGCCGGAGCCAGAGCUCGUGCGUGAUCUGCCUGGCGCAGUACGAGGGCGGCGAGCGGUGCAGCGUCCUGCCGGGAUGCGGCCACGUGUUCCACAGGGGCUGCGUCGCGACGUGGCUGCACACCACGCACAACACCUGUCCGCUCUGCCGGGCGACGAUAGCCGCUGGCGCCGCGGCACGGAAGGACAACGCCGCAGAGGAUAUGGUGUAACAAGAAGCCUAGAAGUAGAGUCUCGUUUUUAUCCCACAGUUUUUGUUGCAGUUCAGGUUAUAUUGAGGCACACUUUUGUAAUUAAGCAAGUAUACUGUAUUCUGAUGCCAAAGAAAAAGCAAGUAUACUGUAUUUCUCUGAGCUUGAUUUUUGCAGAAUAAUUGUGGCACUGA